UGGCGGCGUCCACGUCAUCACGGGCGGUGGUGAUGAACUUCCUCUUAACCAAACAUCAUUAGCGGCAUUGAUAAAUAACAAUGUGAGAAUAGCCGCUGAAUCUUUACAACAUGUGCCUCCGCCACCGUUCGAGAACAAUAAUAAUGAAGGGUGCACAAAUGAAGACAUCCCUAGUCAAAAUGAGACACAAGACAGUGUGAUGAGGCACACGGCGCACACCAAUGACACCACCAUGAAUACUAAUGAUUCAUCACCAGUGUUAUUCGAGUAUACAUCAUUGGACAUAGUGGACGUAGAAGCAGUAUGGGCCUUUCUAUAUGAAGACGGAGAAGCUUCCGUGACCGUCAAUGAACAAGAUGAAGAGACGCGUGGGGAGUCGGAAUAUGAACGCGAGUUAGAAAGAACUUUUGAAGACAUUAUUGAGAACCAACCAAUUUUGGGUUCAUCUUUUGACAAUUUUUUGUUGGAUGGUUUGAUUUAAUUAAUGGUGGCCAAGAUAGAGAAUUAAGGUUAGGUUAGGCACGAAAAGAUAGACAUUUAUCUACAUGACUAUUUGUUUGUUCGCUUGCUUUUGAGCAAGCCUAAAUGCUUCAUACAUUAAUUACAAGAAUAAAUAUACUUUGUUUCUCCCUAGUUCUUUCUCUCUUAGUUCAGUUUUUUAUUAGAAGCUUUAUUGGCUUCAUCCACCAAUUCCGUGGACGUUCUAUUUCGGAUUUUCUGUCUAACAAUAACAUUUUUCAUAGUAGGACUUGUAUAAUUCUAAGGGAAGAAUUACGAUGCAUUAUAGUAUAUAAUAUUAUCCCCUUUUAGUUAGCUAUAUUUGACUUUUGCAAUCAAUGAUUGCAAACUAUGAACUAGUAAAAAUGAUCUCAGGCCAUUUCUUGAGAACUAAUUUGGGUGUCAAGGCUAGCUAAUUGAUUUUGGAGGCCCUCUUUAACAUGAUCAGAAGAGACCGUCACAUUAUCAGAUCAGUGUGUACAAUGGUGAAGAGCACAGAA